AUGGGCGAGCAUAAUCUUCUUAAUCCUGGGUUUGUGGGACCUUUGGUAAACAUCCACACUGGAGAUAGGUUUUACUUCCCGAAUUUUAGAGCCUCAGGGGGACAGCUGGCGGGGCUACCGUCUCUCUCGUACCCUAGAAGGGACAAUGUUUGCUCUCUCCCGUGGAAUCCAUCGGAGUCGUGCAAUGGAUAUCCUCAGUCUUACUUUAGCAGUCCCGUAUCCAUUAACCCCUCUUUUAAUCGAUCUUGUGAAAUAACCCGACUGGAUGAAGGCAAAUGUUAUUAUGGCAGUUCGAGCAACACCAGAGAGUCUUGUUCAGAAAGCAACAGCCUCAAACGAGAGGAGCGAGCAAGAGAUACAUCAGUAUCGUCUGAUCACGGGAUGCACAAUGGGAUGGGCAACGGUGGCACCUUCACAAAGUAUGAUUAUGGCACCGAGCAUCUGACCCAAGACCCGCCGUCCUGUCAGUCCUUGGAGUCCGAUUCCAGUUCGUCGGUGCUUAACGAAGGAGGAAAGACUUCAACGAGCGACCCACAAACCCUGAUAUCGCAGGGAAACCACGCAAGCAAUAUCGCCAGUGGAGGAGGUGCCCCGUGGUACCCGAUGCACACCCGGACCCGCAAGAAACGAAAGCCCUAUUCCAAAUUGCAACUGGCCGAACUUGAGGGGGAAUUCAUGCUGAACGAGUUCAUCACCCGGCAGCGACGUAGGGAGCUGUCUGACAGGCUCAGUCUAAGCGACCAACAGGUUAAAAUUUGGUUCCAAAAUCGUCGGAUGAAGAAAAAGAGACUGUUGCUGAGGGAGCAGGCUUUGUCCUUCUUUUAG